AUGAGCAGCCUGCAAGGAAGAAGGAACAGCGGAGCCAAACCGGCAAAGAAAAACCAUACUGGUACAUCCAAUGGGAACACGCAUAAAUGGGUGAGAGAUCUACGCACCCUCCCUUCGGACCCUAGUUCAAAGGACUUUCUCAAAUUGGAGUACAUCGACGUCAAUUUGAACAACUCGAGAAAGCUCAUCACCAAUAUCCAUGGGUUGCGUGCAGAGAGUGAAGAGUAUGUCAAACUGAUUGAGUCUCAUACCAGGGGACGAAUGGAAAUGUUGAAUCAUGUGGCGAGGGAGUUGGACUGGUUAGACGAGCAUAAAAGUCAAUGA